AUGAUAAAGUCCAGCAGGGAAUUUUUAGAGCAUGUCUAAUAACAUCCACUUUCUGCUCAACUCAGGACCGUGGAACAUGUCUCCGUUUCUCCGGAUCGGAUUGUCGAACUACGACAGUGGUCCCUACCUGCCUUCCCAAGGGGACGUGAUUGACCCGUACUGCGCUGUGAUGGUCAAGGAAGCAGUGGACGCUGAGAAUGGCCAAGUGUACCUCCAGAAGAAGCCCACCAUGUAUCCCCCUUGGAACAGCACUUUCGAUGCACAUAUCCACAAGGGACGGGUCAUGCACAUCAUCGUGAAGGACAAGAGUGCCGAGAUGGUCUCUGAAACGACAGUUGAACUCAACAUGGUGGCGGAGAAGUGUAAAAAGAAUAAUGGGAAAACAGAAAUAUGGCUAGAACUGAAACCGCAAGGCAGAAUGCUAAUGAAUGCCAGAUACUUCCUGGAAGCCAGUGAUGCUCGUGAAUUCAUCGACUGUGAAAAGGAAGGGUUUUUCUCUCUGCAUCAGCGCCGAGGGGCAAUCAAGCAAGCCAAGAUCCAUAAUGUCAAGUGUCACGAGUUCACUGCCACCUUCUUCCCACAACCCACGUUCUGCUCCGUCUGUCACGAGUUUGUCUGGGGUCUUAACAAGCAAGGCUACCAAUGCAGGCAAUGCAAUGCUGCCAUUCACAAGAAGUGCAUCGAUAAAGUAAUUGCUAAGUGUACCGGAUCGGCGAUCAACAGCAGAGAAACCAUAUUCCACAAGGAGAGGUUCAAAAUCGAUAUGCCCCACCGCUUUAAAGUCUACAACUACAAAAGUCCGACCUUCUGCGACCACUGUGGCACACUGCUCUGGGGCCUCGCGAGGCAGGGCUUGAAAUGUGAUGCCUGUGCCAUGAACGUCCACCACAAGUGCCAAAGCAAAGUGGCAAAUCUAUGUGGCAUCAAUCAGAAGCUCAUGGCUGAAGCCCUGGCAUUGAUCGAGAGCACUCAGCAGGCUCGAAGUCUGCGUGAUCCGGAGCAGAUUAUGCGAGAAGGACCUCUGGAGAUUGUCUCCCCUGAUAGAAACACAUCUUCCACCCCUUCCACCCCAGGCCCCCCAGGCGGGAAAAAAGAGCCUCAAGGUAUCUCCUGGGAAUCUCCAGUAGAAGACAUAACAAGCCCUGAUUCCCCAAUGGUGCCGGAACCUGGGACGGAUCUCCGACCUGACCUGCCAAAAUUAACCAUAGAUGAUUUUGUCUUGCACAAAAUGUUGGGGAAAGGAAGUUUCGGCAAGGUCUUCCUUGCUGAGCUGAAAUCCACCAGCCAGUUUUUCGCCUUGAAAGCUCUGAAGAAGGAAGUGGUACUCAUGGACGAUGAUGUCGAAUGUACCAUGGUGGAAAAGCGAGUCCUCUCACUUGCAUGGGAUCACCCUUUCCUCACUCAUGUCUUUUGCACAUUCCAAACCAAGGAAAACCUCUUUUUUGUAAUGGAAUAUCUCAACGGGGGAGAUCUGAUGUUUCAUAUUCAAACCUGCCAUAAGUUCGACAUGGGCAGAGCGAGGUUCUACGCUGCUGAAAUUAUUUGUGGCUUGCAAUUCCUUCAUUCCAAAGGAAUCAUAUACAGAGACCUGAAGCUUGACAAUGUUCUUUUAGACAAGGAAGGCCACAUCAAGAUUGCUGACUUUGGGAUGUGUAAGGAAAACAUGUUUGGCAACGACAAGACAAGCACUUUCUGUGGAACCCCCGACUAUAUCGCACCUGAGAUUCUCCUGGGGCAGAAAUACAACAUGUCUGUUGACUGGUGGUCCUUUGGCGUCCUCGUAUAUGAAAUGUUGAUUGGCCAGUCUCCAUUCCACGGCCAGGACGAAGAGGAACUCUUUCAGUCAAUCCGCAUGGAUAGCCCCUUCUAUCCUCGCUGGAUUGACACAAAUGCAAGAGACCUUUUAGUGAAGCUUUUUGUACGAGAACCAGAGAGGAGGCUGGGAGCCAAAGGGAACAUCCGUCAGCAUGCCUUCUUCCAGGAAAUUGACUGGGAAGCUCUGGAAGGAAGAGAAGUGGAACCCCCUUUCAAGCCCAGAGUGAAAUCACCAGGUGAUUGCAGCAACUUCGACAAGGAAUUUCUGAACGAGAAACCCCGGCUAUCGUGCGGAGAUGGCGCACUCCUUAACAGCAUGGACCAGACUAUGUUUAGAAACUUUUCUUUUACCAGUCCCAUCAUGGACAAGUUGCUCUCCUGAGACCCAGAACCGGAAGUACGGCUGCCUAAAAGAAUCCCCAGAACAACCGAACUCCUUGUUCUCUCCUCCUGAAGACAGAGCAAUGAAAUGUUGUCAUACUUCUAGACAGAAACUAGGGUUGCCAAUUUCCAGGUGGGCCGUGGAGAUCCCCUGGCAUUAACGACUGAUCUCCAAAUCACAGAAAUCAGUUUCCCUGGGGGAAAUGGCUGCUUUGCGGGGCGAACUUUGUGGCGUCACAUCCUGGCUGAGCUCCACCCACAAAUCAGCACGAAUGUCCCUUCCUAGAGUUAGCUACCAUAACAGAAAUAGUCCGACUGCAUUCACCUGGUUCCGUGCAAUAGAGUGUUCUCUGUGUUUCCGUUAGCUAAACGUCACGUACACUUUCUGCUUUUGCAAGGUCAUGGGAGAUUUCCAUCCCGCGCAUCAGAUCCCUAUCCUGUGAGAUCUUACAGCUCUCACAAGAUCCUUUCCUCCCCGCCAACUCCCCCAAGCUCUUGGGCCUUUGGACGUUCCUCCUAAUGGAGAUCUUAUGAAAGAUCAGCUCUUUUCGUAUCAGGGCCUGAUAAAAUGUCAUAUCCCAACAAGCCCAGAGCCCCUUUACCAUCCAGAGCAGGGAUCCCCAAAGAGGUACUUGUGGGUGCCACGGCACCUGUGUACACCUUUCCUGGCGACUGCCCAGUGUUUUUAGAAAAUGAGCAGGGCCAGAUGGGCGUUGUUCCUGCAAGGUUCUGAUUGGCCAUUGGAGGUUCGAUUGACUGCAGUUUUUUAAAAACAUUGCUUUGGCAGCAGCUGCCACCACGACACAAAAAUCUCCAUUGUGUGACUGCAGGUAAGCCAUAGCAGACAUUUUGUGGCUGGCUCCACCUCCUGUAGCAGCCAUUUUGUGCCAGAAUUCCAAAGGUGCCCACAGGAUCAAAGAGGUUGGGGACCCCCUGCUCUAGGGGCUGCAUGAACUGACUUCAUCCAUCAGCAGCCUCUCCAGUUUUCAGUGUGCUAUUUGGACUUCCCAUCUUUCAUGGGCAAUUCAUGCAUCUUCCAUAUUAUGUUACAGAGAAAUCACAUUUUCCAGCAAAUUAUUUUGUACAUGGAGAAAGGCAAUUAUUUCCCCAAGCAGGUUGCAAUUGCAGUUGCCAUAUGGAACGCAGGUGCCUAUUGGCUAUAACCUAUGCCAUCAGCAUGGUGUAGUGGUUAAGAGCAGGUGGACUCUAAUCUGGAGAACCAGAUUUGAUUCACCACAUGAGCAGC